GAGAUUCUUGCUUCGUUCCAUUUAGUUUCGUUGCGACUAUGAAGUGCUGGGGUUCCAUGCUGUGGUACGCAGCCGCAGUGCUGCUUCUGGUCGAGGUCUGUGCCAAGAAGAUGCCAAAAUACUGCAAGCGGCUGAAGCGGCCGAGCAGGACCAAAACGGACUACUGCAGUGUGGCCUCCUGUGCGGGCCAGGCUAACAUUGGCUGCAAAAACGAUAUGAAAUUCAUAACUGGCUGCGUGGGCAACAUGUUCAAUAUAUCCACUGCGACGCGUAACUUUAUUGUGCGGCAACACAACACAUACCGCAACAUUGUGGCCAGGGGCAAGCUGCACGAUCUGCCACCCUCCGGCCGCAUGCUCAAGAUGCAGUGGCACGAGGAGCUGGCCGAGCUGGCACGCUUCGCCGCGUAUCGCUGCUCCAUUGGCAAGGUGUUUCGAUGCUUUGCCACCAUGGAGUACGCGGGCGCCGGCUACAACACGGCGUACAACAAGUUUCCCGGCGAACAGGACUACAUGAAGAUUGUGCGGGCGCAGAUGAAGACCUGGUACGAGCAGUACCAGUACUCGAAUGCCAAGAGCAUAAUGACGGGCAAGGCGCCCGGCGGCCAGGAGAUUGGACACUUUCUGCAGAUUGUCUCGGGCCUAAGCGACCGCAUUGGGUGCGCCAUUUUCAGGUCCAGGCACUUCGGCUACAACUAUCAGGUGCUGAUCUGUGCCUACAGCUGCUCCAAGCCCACCAAGGUGCCCGUCUACAAGUUGUCGCGCAUUCCGGCGGAGCACUGCACCUGCGGCUCCGAUCACGAUCACAAGAAUCUGUGCAGCGCAUUCGAACGGGUCUCCAGCUGCGAGGCAGAGCCACCCAAAAGCCUAGCCCAUGACAUGACAGUCAUGGGCCUGGACUACGAAAGCACCUGGAAUGGAGACAAGAAGGCUGUCAAUGCAUCCAACCCCGUGCAAAAUGUCGCCAAUUUUAUUGAGGGACAGGCCGCGUAAUGGUUUAACGGGCAUUUUCACGA